AUGGCCAUGACCCGUGCGAGCCGGCGCAAAAUCGUGCGCAAGGCUUACAAAGAGGCAAUGAAGGAUGCUCGGAAGUCAGGAUCUUUCAGCAUGGUAAAGGAUGACCUACCGAGGCAUGUGCCGUGCGGAAACGGAAGGCGCAUCGACCCGGAGGAUGGCAAAGCCUAUUCCUUCCAGGAGUUGGUCGAGUACUACGGUACAGGCAGUGGCUAUGGACUCGCACGAAUCUAUGAAUACUUUCUUUACGAUUGCGCCGCUAUCCAGGAUCCUCCGUCGCCGGGCGCAGCACACAUCCUCUUUGAAACGCCAUUUAUCAUGGCAUAUCUCACUGUCCGCGAGAUGGCGUCGCUGCGGGCUGCUCAGAAGCAUUAUCUCUGGGCUGGGUUUCUCAUCUCCCCGUGGAUGCAGCGACUUGAAUCAAGGGCAGCAUUUGAGCUGGCAAACGAAUGUGUUCUUCCUUUGUUGAACCUCGCUGAAGCGCAUCAUAUUGCCAGAAGUCUGCACGCAGAUGAUCUCGCGGAAUUCCUGUGGUCGCAAGCACGCUGCAGCGCAAAUCUGCGCAACUACACACGUUCAUCAGAUCCGGCCGUUUGCCGAUUUGACUGCAAAAGCUCGGGCCUUGGCCAAGAUGACUUAACAACGAGGGGCGGCAGCAGCAGCAAGGGCACACCGGCAUCAGACACCCCGUCGCCGGGGGAUGCUGCUCCUUCGAUGCCGACACCCUCUGACCAGUGCCCAUCCACCUCGAGCAUCGGUGCUGGAGCCCUCAGCGCUCUCCGCCCUCGUCCACCUCCGCCCCGUUGUCCUCCGCCGCCUGCUGCCAUCGGCCUCGUGGUCGAGAACAUCCCGGUGCUCAGUGGCAAGCCCUCAGCGGCCUUUUCGAGGGACCUGACUUGGGGACAUCCAACCUACCCCAGCUACGGUGGCGACAGCAGCUCCGUGCAAGUCCAGCUGCAGAAUGUGAGGAAAGUGAGCGCUUCUAGCUGCGCGUUCGCUGCAAUCCUCGACGACAGAUCGGUCGUGACCUGGGGCGACCCGGAGUCAGGAGGCGACAGCAGCCGCGUGCAGAGUCUGCUGAGGAAUGUUCAUCAUCUGGCGGCCUCCACCGCGGCGUUCGCCGCGAUCCUGGCGUGUGGCUCUGUGGUGACCUGGGGGAACACUCACCGCGGAGGCGACUGCCGGCGCGUGAAGGAAGAGCUGAAAAAUGUGAAGCACAUCGAGGCGUCGCAUACAGCCUUCGCCGCACUGCGAAGGGAUGGAGUGGUGGUGACCUGGGGAAACUCCUUCCAUGGCGGGGACAGCCGACGCAUCCAGGAUCAGCUGACCGAUGUGAGACGAAUUCAGGCAUCCGGGUGUGCGUUUGCUGCAAUCCUGGCCGAUGGUACAGUGGUGACCUGGGGCGAUGAGACCUGCGGCGGGGAUAGCAGUCGAGUUCGGCAUCUGCUGCGGAACGUCCAGUCACUGCAGGCAUCAUAUGGUGCCUUUGCGGCUAUCCUGAGCGAUGGCACAGUGGUCACAUGGGGAAAUUCCUACCAUGGUGGGAACAGCAGCAGCGUGCAGCACGAACUCCACAGCGUCACUCAGAUUCAAGCCUCUGGCUGCGCCUUCGCGGCGAUUCGUGCGGAUGGAAGCCUCGUCACCUGGGGCGAUCCCCGGUGCGGUGGCGAUAGCCAGCAUGUGCAGCCGAUGCUGCAGAAGGUGCAGCAGGUUCGGGGCUCUUGGGGCGCAUUUGCAGCGAUCCUGUCGGAUGGUUCCGUGGUGACAUGGGGCGAUGCGAAGCAGGGUGGUGAUUGCAGCGGCGUGGAGUCUCAACUGCGCAAUGUCCAGGAAAUCCAGGCCACGGGCUGCGCCUUUGCAGCCAUCCUGGAGGAUGGUAGUGUCGUCACCUGGGGCCACCCGGAGCAUGGAGGAGACAGCAGCCAUGUGAAGGACCAGCUCGACAACCAGAUGCUGUGUCCCAUGACAUAG